AUGAGUGAUCCUGCGAAAACUCAGAUGGCCUCCAGCAUCCAGCAGAAGCCUGAGCAAAUGAAAACUUCUCAUGCCGAGAUUGACUUAGAUUCUGAGAUAAGCCGACCUCUAGAUUCAAUUUCCAAAAAUACCAAAUCCUCUACGACCUUGACGUCUUUCUCUAUUGGUGCUGAUUCUAGCGCAUUGCCAUCGCUUUCUUCAGAUUUGGAUGCCAAAGUCAGCGAUGUACUUUCUAGAAUCAAAGCUACUGAUGAGCGCGUGGCCGCCUUUGCAGCCUCUAUUCCAAACAAAUCUUCACGUGGUUCAUCAUCUAGUUCUCUGGUGACCGUCACUUCUGGACUGCGCUUGUCAGCAGACCCAGUCACUGGUGGGCUAAUUCGGUCCCCCUCUGUUUCAACGUCUUUUGGGCCUCGCGCCCCUGUACUUAACACCAGUAGCUUGUCUCGUCUCAUCAAUUCUACAACUCCUUUCAGUCGACAUCAAUCAUCUCGUGCUGUUAUUACCACACCAGAGUCUAGUCUUCAAGGAGACGUUGAGCAACGCACCACAGCCGCGGCGGUGGCUGCGGCACAAGUUGUUGCUGAAGAGGAGGAUGUAGAGACUGUGAUAAAACGCGUUGACUUGGUUGCAGCGCACCAGGAACAAGCCCGACAGCAUCAGCAAAUGUUUAUAAAACAGCAUGACCAUCAUAAUCACCAUCGUCAACACCAUCAGCCUCAUUCCCAAAUCCAGAUGCUCACUUCUCGUUCGACAGGCGAGCUUCCAGUUAGUAAUCUUGGGCAGAACUUCGAUUUAGAUGCUCGCAUUACUCAGCUAGCUAGCGUUUUCCACACUUCACCUCCUACAACCACCGCUACUGUCGUUCCUUCUCUUACCAAAGCUGGCCUUCCCAUCACACGAACGGUGUCUCUCUCUAUAUCCUCUAUUUCCAGCCUUCCUCUUGACACAGCACCUCCCUCCCCCCCUCCUCCUCCUCCUCCUCCACCUCCACAAUCUUCUCUUGUUGGACCUCGUGCUAGUAGCAUUCUCCGACCAGGCGCCAUCAAUAGCAGUCAUGGUCGAUGCUUUUCUGCUCCGGGCCACUUCGAAGCAUCUGGGUUUGCGUCUGGAGGAAGUAGCAAUUUGCGUGAUAGCCUGAUGGCCAAACGUGGGGAAAUUGCCGAAAAAUUGAAGAUGACUCAAGCUGCAGCCGCAGCAUUAGCUGCUGCUUCUCGGACACAAUCGACUUCACUCCCACCUCCACCUCCCCCACCACUACCUCUUUCUUAUGCGUUGGCUUAUGUCGCAGCAAAGAAGAAAUCAGCCUCUCGCUCAGCUACAGUUUCUAUGGCUCAGAUUCAUGAAAAUGAAGAGGACGACGAGCUCUAUUCUUUGCUUGGCGUAUGA